UAUUCCUAGAAUAAUUCAGCGUAUCUCAACAUUUCGACGUUGGAGAUGACGAAUUAAGCGUGUUUUUCCCAUUAAAUAUUUAAAGACGCACCUUAGUAGUUCUUGGAUGCAGUAAACUGCAAGAGUGAUAUAACGAAUCGGAAUUUGGAUCAGUUUUCUUCUUUGGAAGAUAUGAGAGUUAUAGCGAUCGAACCGGUUUUGCUUUCUCUCUUUGUAUGGAUUUUUCUCUCCUUUGGAAGGGCAAUUCCAAAUCAGUCUUCGAUUUGCAGACAGCCUAUGGACACUGGGCCAUGUCGACAGGCACUCCCAAGAUGGUAUUACAAUGCCACUACAAGAAAAUGUGAAAAAUUUAUUUUUGGGGGAUGCAAAGGCAACAACAACAACUUUAAGACUAAAGAUGACUGUAAAAGAAAUUGCACAGGACCAGAAGUUGCAGGUUUUUCAAGACAAGAAACGAAUACUGGAACUGGGAUGACUGCAAAAGGAAACAGAUUGGUGGAUAAAAAGAGAGCUGGUAAACCAUUCCAAUCAUUGCAAGAAAAAGGGAAUCGUAAACUAAAGACCAGAAAUGAUGAAAACACAGAGUCAGUCAGCCAACAGUCUACUGGCCCUGAAGAAAAAAAGGAUCUGAUGCCUAAGUUGGGUAAAGGGGGAAAUGCAGAUUCAUUCAGUAAACAGUCUCAAGGAUCUAAAGACAAAGAAAAAAUUGUGCUAAAAUCCAGUAAAGGUGGAAGUACAAAUUCACUGCCUCAAGCAUUUCAGAAAGGAGAGAAUCUUACAGUAGAGUUAAAAAUUAAAAAUGGAAGUAAUGAUUCUCUUAGUGAGCAGUCCCAAGCAUCUAAUAAAGAAGGGAAUCAUAUGACUGGAUCCAGUAAAAAUGAAAGUAUAGGUUUAGUCGAUGAACAGUCUCAAGCAUCCAAUGAAGAAGGGAGUCAUGCAUCUGGAUCCAGUAAAAAUGAAAGUGCAGAUUCAGGGAUUAAACUGUCCCAAGUAUCUGGAAAAGAAGGGAAUGAUACAUCUGGAUCUAGUAACAGUGGAAGUGCAGAGUCAUUUAACGAAAAAUCCCAAGUUUCUCAAGGAGAAGGGAAUUCUAUAUCCAUGUCCAAUAACAAUGGUAGUACAGCUUCAGAAAAGGGACAAUCCCAAGUAUCUGAAGAAAAAGGGGAUCUUACAUCUGGGUUAAAUAAAAAUGAACAAAAAGAAUCAGUCAAUGAAAAGACCCAAGCACUCAAAGAAAAUGGGAAUCUGAAGCUCAAGUCUGUUAAAGCUGAAAGUGGUAAUUCAGAAGAAGAGAAUGCUGUGCUCCAGUCUCAUGAAGGGGGAAAUGCAGAUUUAGUCAAUGAACCAUCCUCAGCAGCUGAAGAAAAAGAGAAUGCUAUGCCCCAAUCUCCUAACAGGGGAAAUGCAGAUUUAGUCAAAAAACCAUCCUCAGCAGCUGAAGAAAAAGACAAUGCUAUGCCCCAGUCUCUUGAAAGGGGAAAUGCAGAUGCAGUCAAUGAAUCUUCCUCAGCACCUAAAGAAGAAGAGAAUGCUAUGCCCCAGUCUCAUGAAGGGGGAAAUGCAGAUUCAGUCAAUGAAUCAUCCUCCAGACCUAAAGGAGAAGAGACUGUGAUUCUCCAGUCUCAUGAAAGGGGAAAUGCAGAUUCAGUCAAUGAACCGUCCUCAGCAGCUAAAGAAAAAGACAAUGCUAUGCCCCAGUCUCUUGAAAGGGAAAAUGCAGAUUCAUUCAAUGAAAAGACCCAAGCACUCACCCAAGUAUCUGGAAAAGAAGGGAGUCGUACAUCUGGAUCUAGUAACAGUGGAAGUGAAGAGUCAUUUAAUGAAAAAUCCCAAGUUUCUCAAGGAGAAGGGAAUUCUAUGUCCAUGUCCAAUAACAAUGGUAGUACAGCUUCAGAAAAGGGACAAUCCCAAGUAUCUGAAGAAAAAGGGGAUCUUACAUCUGGGUUAAAUAAAAAUGGACAAAAAGAAUCAGUCAAUGAAAAGACCCAAGCACUCAAAGAAAAUGGGAAUCUGAAGCUCAAGUCUGUUAAAGCUGAAAGUGGUAAUUCAGAAGAAGAGAAUGCUGUGCUCCAGCUCCAGUCUCAUGAAGGGGGAAAUGCAGAUUUAGUCAAUGAACCAUCCUCAGCAGCUGAAGAAAAAGAGAAUGCUAUGCCCCAAUCUCCUAACAGGGGAAAUGCAGAUUUAGUUGAUGAACCAUCCUCAGCAACUGAAGAAAAAGACAAUGCUAUGCCCCAGUCUCUUGAAAGGGGAAAUGUAGAUUCAGUCAAUGAACAGUCCUCAGCAGCUGAAGAAAAAGACAAUGCUAUGCCCCAAUCUCUUGAAAGGGGAAAUGCAGAUUCAUUCAAUGAAAAGACCCAAGCACUCAAAGAAAAUGGGAAUCUGAAGCUCAAGUCUGGUAAAGCUGAAAGUGGUAAUUCAAAAGAAGAGAAUGCUGUGCUUCAGUCUCAUGAAGGGGGAAAUGCAGAUUUAGUCAAUGAACCAUCCUCAGCAGCUGAAGAAAAAGAGAAUGCUAUGCCCCAAUCUCCUAACAGGGGAAAUGCAGAUUUAGUCAAAGAACCAUCCUCAGCAGCUGAAGAAAAAGAGAAUGCUAUGCCCCAAUCUCCUAACAGGGGAAGUACAGAUUCAGAAGAGAAAAAUCUUCAGCCAGAUUCCAGGAAAGGUGGUAGAGAUGAUGAAUCAGAAAAAAACCAGAAUAACAGAGGAAGACAAUCAGAAGGCUAUCGAAGGGGACAGGAGGACCUUGAGGAUAGCCUGGGUUUUCGUCCUGAAGAUUACGCAAAGAAGGGCAUCUAUCGUGGCUCAGACUCGUAUGAACACAGGUCAAGUCACUUUGCUGCCUAUUUCCUAACUUCUAUUGUAAUGGUUUUUGCUGCUUAUGCUCUGUACCACAACAGACAAAAGAUUAUAGCAAUCAUUAUAGAGGGCAAGACUGAUGGCAGUAGCAGGAGACGCGGUUACAGGAAACUGGAAACCAACGUAGAAGAAGCCAUGCCGUCACUGAAAAGUGCAAACUCGACAUACGUGUAUUAGAAUUUCUGUAAAUUGAGAAGAAAUUAGUUUAUUUACAAAAAAGGACAAAAUAUGUAGCAAUACGUCAAAACAAACAGACAAAGGUGAUAGAAUGGGAAACGUACUCGAUCAAAAGUUAACCAUUCAUUGCUGAUUUUUGAGACGACUUUCGGCCAGUAUUUGAUGAAAGUGUUUUAUAAGAAUUAAUAUGCCGGACUUUUGUUGUUGCUUUUGCCUUUCAUAAUUCUUCAUAUUUCUAAAGGCUUCAAUCUUCAGUGGUGUAAGGUUUAUUGCGAUGGACUAGCCUCCGUUGCUAGUCCGUGGGCUCUAAUGUAUUAUUUGACAAAGUUCUGUAUGUAAUUCAUAAGAAAAACAAAAUGGAUUAAAUGCUUGGCCUUCA